CACAUCUAGACGGGAUCUGGAUAACAGUUCGGCCAAACAUCAAAACCUCUCUAGUCCCUCCCUCUGCAAGCUCGUCUCGAUCGCCAUGGCCCUCAUUCCCAUCUCACGAGCCAUCUCCGUGCGGUGCCAAGUAACCGCCGCCUUCUCCAGAAGGCUCUACACGUCCCUUUCCGCAGCCCGGCCGAGGUCUUCUCCAUUUGUUGGCAGCUUCACCUCCCCCCGUUCGCUCUCGCCCGCUCUCUCUCACGCCCUCCGUCUUUCUCUAGGCGGCACAAGCCGCAUGUCCAUCAGGUGUCGCGUCAACCGCUCCGGCGAUUCAGCGUACUCGCCGCUGAACUCGUCCUCCAAUUUCAGUGACCGUCCGCCAACAGAGAUGGCGCCGCUUUUCCCUGGCUGCGAUUACGAGCACUGGCUCAUCGUCAUGGAAAAUCCUGGUGGCGAGGGAGCCACUAAACAGCAGAUGAUCGAUUGCUACAUCCAGACCUUAGCUAAGGUCGUCGGCAGUGAAGAGGAAGCAAAGAAGAGGAUCUAUAAUGUUUCUUGUGAGCGGUAUUUUGGUUUUGGCUGUGAGAUUGAUGAGGAGACUUCCAACAAGCUUGAAGGACUUCCUGGAGUCUUGUUUGUGCUCCCAGAUUCGUAUGUUGAUCCCGAAAACAAAGACUAUGGUGCUGAAUUGUUUGUUAAUGGAGAAAUAGUUCAAAGGUCUCCUGAGCGGCAAAGGAGAGUUGAACCAGUGCCCCAGAGAGCUCAAGACAGACCACGGUACAAUGACAGAACUCGUUAUGUAAGGCGCAGAGAAAAUCAACGGUGAUUUGAUUAGUAUGCUCAACAUGGGCAGAUCAGCGCCAGGUUCUACUAGAAUACAAAACGCAGAACUGUUUAGAUCAUCUAUUUUCAGAACUAACAGUAAACAUAGAGAAUUUAGGGUGUGUUUGUGGUUCUGGUUUUGGCGUGUCCGCUUGGUCAUGAUUCAGCGCAUGUUUACCAUUAUAUUUGUCGUCUUUUUGUCCAGAGAUCACAAUGUUGUGUUAAACGGAACUCUGUGAGCGAACCUUUUAGUUAAUAUUGGAAGACCGACAGCCCCACAAAUUUCCUGGUUGGUGUAUCA